UUUUUCUAACCGGUUAGCCUGGAUUGAUUGGACACUGCAAUCAUUACCUGCGACGCACGCAAUCGAGGGUUCGUUAUUACGUGAUUACGUAAAAAUGUCACGCGGAGAAAUAACAUAGCUCGCGAAAUCGGAGAAUUCAGAUUGCACGCAAGAAAUCCUCUAGAAAAAAAAAAAAGUUAGUUUUCUACCGCAAUUUUUAAUCUGCAUGCAAAUCGAAUGGAGAUUCUAUUCACGAAGAGAUAGCGACUGGGAUAUUGACAAAAUAUCUCAACAAGUUUAUCUUUGUGCAGUGACAUUUAAUCUGAGCGUAAAUUGAAAGAACAUCUGAUUAACCAUGUGCAUUCAAAAAAAUUUCGAGUAUUUUAAAGUAGAAUAGGAAUUAUAAAUCUAACAUAUAUAUAUGCUAAUAAAGUUACGUUUUCUCUUCGACAUCCGAUUCGAAUAUUAAUGAAAAGAAUUAUCUAUAGUUUGUAUUCGGAAAUUUCGUAUUAGAAUUCAGAUUAAAAUAUCUUGGACAAAAUCACCUUCACACUUUUCAAUCCGUUUGAAUAUUUGCUAUUUCAAGCGAAUUUCUUCAUCUGUAGUGGAUCUUUCUGGAUAUAUUUAUCUAUUAACUGUCGAUUAGCUAAGUAAAUUUUGUAAAUCAUAUUUACGCAUAAUUAAAUGAAUAUUUAUUGACGUGAAGUUUAUGCAUCAUCAGAUCGGAAUUUAUCGAUUUUGAUUAUCACGCAAGCUGAAUUCGACGCGAGUAUCGACUCUCCGUCGAUAAUCCCGACCUUUAAACAUGUUUCAGACCAGGUUAUCUUUCGCUGAACGCUAGAUUAAAUUCAAGCGUUGACGUAAUACAUGAUCGCACUUAAUCGCGAGGCAAGCCGCUUUGAAAAAAAUGGCAGUCACGGUCUCGAAACGUCAUGCGUCGUGUUAUUUUUUUCUCCGGUCGAUUGAAAUAUCGUGUCACGGCAAUGACACGUGACACGAUACAGGAUGGUCGAUCACCGCGUUGCUAACAGAAAAGUCGAUUUGUGUUACUAAAAGCGUAAAGCAAAAAGUUCCAUCGAUAUUUAAAAAAUAAUUAUCUUUAUUAAAAUUAAAAAUUCUAGCUGUAUAAAACAUUACAGCGGAUAAAGAGAUAAAAUGAAGGAAAAGAGCAAUAGGCAAUUUACGCGAACAUUAACUAAAUCUUCUUGUUCUAUUUAGAGAUAUUCUUUCGACGACAAUUUCUUUGCAACGUGUAAUUUUUUGCUCAGUCGUUCGUGUUCGGAUUAUUUCGUUAAAUCGAAGCGCGACGUUUAUCGGCCGUAAAUGAAAACGUAACUUUGAGCAAUUGGAUUCUGUGGCAGCGGGAUAGAACUGGUCGCUUCGCAUUUCGUCGAAGCGACUCUCGUGUCUCUCCCGAGACAAUCAAGUUUUCGGAACGCGAAUAGUGUCGUUAGAACGUAACGCCGUAAACAACAUGCCGAACGAGGAUUGCUCGUCGUUUCCAUCUGGAUCACAAGCACGUAUGUUGACGUUGAUGGUGUAAGGGCCCCGAUGAUAUGGGAGCCGGCAAAAUGAAUAGAGAGAUUCCCAGCAGCACCCUCGCGACCCUGAGGGGGAUCCUGGUGAGCUCAUUGUCGAGGGAGAACCUCGGCCCUCACGACCUCCCCGUUCACGAGCACACGAGGCAUCGACCGCCCAGAAAGGUGCACUUUCACGAAGGUGAGUACCCCGUCAUAAAGAGCCGCUAUAUGCAUCAUCCAGAUAAUCGCGGUGAGUAUUCGAUGAAGUUAAUAGAGGCGUCUUGCCAUUUUUCUGCGGCGUCAGCUGGAGCCGCUCCUGAGGAAACUAACCAAAGGUCCAGUUCUGCACACAAUCGCCACUCUCUCACGAAGGAACAAACAAUGCACUGGUUCGCGCAGAUCGGCGGUGACGAAGAUUCCCUCGCUUUGUCAGAUGUGAAGCGCCGGCGAAGUCUCUACGAUGAGGAUUCCCUCGACGGCGAUCGUCCUUAUGAGAAUGAAGGACGGGAGUCGACGGGAAGCUCGAAGGAGUUGGACAGGGCGAAGCUCGUCCGCGAGAGACAGAACGAGGAGCGGCAGCGGAAGUUGGAGGAGCUCAGGCAGCAGGCCCUUGCCGCGCAACGCUUCCGCGAGCAACGCGAGGAGGAACGACGAAGACGCAUCGACGAGCUCAGAUCGCGUGACAACGACAGGUUUGUUGGACGAAAUCAAGUGGAGGAGAGAAAACGGUUGAUAUGCGAGGCGGAACGAGAGAGACGGGAAGCGAUCCUUCGCAAAAAUCAGGAGAGGGAGGCGCGUAUUGAGGCGAAGAGAAAGAACGAAAGAUCGCACAUCGUCUUCGCGUUCGGCAGCUCCACACCGCGAAUGCUGGAACCCGCUGACACCGGCGGCUCCACUUUUUGGGGAACCCGCAAGGCUACUUCCACCACUAAUGUCAUGAUGUUCUCCGCGGCGCAACCUCUCACCAGGAGAUCCUCCGAGCGGGAGCUUGACGGCAGCAAAAAACGGGCCACUUCCGCCGGUGGACUCGAUCGGAAGCCCGGCGAAGAUAUGAGAAUGUCCUCGUCCAUGUACGAGGUGUUCAAUUGGAAUUCUAGCCCCGAUCCCCCUUUAACUCCUGCCAAGCAUAAGAGAGCCAGCCUCUCUCUGCCCCCCACAACCGACAUCUUUGCCGUCGAUGAUAAGUCUGAUAGCGACGCUAGGCGUCCCAUGAUUCAGCGGGUUGCCAGUGGUGAGGAUAGCGAUGGCGGCACACCCAGCACUCCGACCUCGGUUUACCUGCGAGUGAAUAGGCGACGCACCGACCUCAUGCCGACGAUACCGUCCCCGCGCGACGGCCCGCCGUCGACGGCACGCAGUUUCAGCGCCAAGGCCUUCACACGCUCACCAGGUAGGACUUACUCCAUGUCCAGGCUGGACCAGCUGGCGCAGCCUAGGAAACGCGCGACCGAGCAGCAACUCGGCACGCUUACGGAGCAGCGGCAGCAGAGCCAGCCUCUGCAGAGCGCUUCUAGCAUGAGCCGCAGCAUGUCGCACUUGGCCGCGCCCGGAAGCACCAAGAGCCUCAAGCGCUCCGAUAAUUCGCGUAGCAUGGGCACGCUGCCGGGCGCGGCACCAAUGCCCAGAACCACCCGCGCCGAGAGAUUGCGCCGCAAGGCCCGCGAACACCAGCAUGCCCAGCAAGGUAUCCGCAGCGGCGAAGUGACGCCCAACAGCCCGUCCCGACCGCACAGCUCCAUGAGUCAGCAGAGCGCCAGCAGCGUGGGCAGCAGUAACGUCAAUCUGCGUACCCGCACGGCCGCGUCGCGCCGACCGCGGCCCGCUUCUAUUGCCGGUACCGGUGUCUCGAUCACAGAGAAACACAAUCUAAUGGGCGACGUGAAAUUAACGAAGGAUUCAAAGCCACCACUGCCAAAGGUCCAUAGCACUCCAAAGAAACCUUCUACACCCAAAGCAAUAGAGAUGAAAAAACCGACGGAGAAAUUAAUCAAGAACGCCAAGUCAUCACCGCGAAUAACUCCGAAGGCGACACCUCUGCAGAGUCCCGGCGUUGAGCACGCACCGCUCAUCCGUGAAACAACCGCGGAGAUUAUAAAACAGAAUGAGGAUAAGGAGGCGCAGGAUGUGAAAUUGGAGGACAAGAACGAGGAGAAGAAGGAUCAGGGCACCGAGAAGACGCAGGAAGCGAACAUUGUUGAAUCCAUGACUAACGACAUGAAAGUAGCGAUGGAGCCUGUGUCGGCAAGCAAACAAGUCAAAGACGAAACUAAUUUAAUGCAAGAAAAUCUGUCAGACGUUAUUAUGGAAGAACCGCCGAAAAUCACUAAAAAAGAGGAGAACAAGCAAGAGAAAAAAUCAACGGAGACGACUGAAACUAAGCCCGAGGGUGAAAUGGACGACCAGAUUGAUAUGUCAGCUUCGAUGAUAGCAAAAAUCAGAAUCACUACCGAAGAGGAAGCCAAAGCAGCUUUAGCUGAACGUAGGAGAUUAGCUCGAGAACAAGCAGAACGAGAGGCGGAAUUGGAGCGUCAACGACAGGAAGAAGAAGCGCGUCUGGAAGCUGAAAGAUUGCGCGCAGAGGAAGAGGAGCAACGUCGUCUAGAGGAAGAGACUAUACGCUUAGCUAAUGAAGCACGAGAGGCAGAGGAACAGCGAUUAAAACAGGCAAUCGAAGAAGCUAAGCGUCGUGAGGAGGAAGACAGACGAAAAAGAGAAGAGGAAGCUCGUCAAAAACAAGAAAAAGAAGAAGCAGAACGCAAGGCGAGAGAAGAGGCAGAAAAACAACGAAUUGAGAUGGCUGAGAGGCUUAAAAAGGAGGAAGAGGAGCGCAAUGCUAGGCGCAAACGAGUGGAGGCGAUCAUGCUUAGAACAAGAGGCAGAAAUCAAUCCAACACAUCUAAGGGAGAAGGUGGUGACGGUGACAAAUUGAAGGAAGAUAGUCCUAGCGAUGAGAGCAAACCGGUGCUGGGCGGCAAAGGUGACGACGUCAUGACAGCCAGUUUAAUUUCCGAGGCGACUCAGCAAUUUAUCAGCGGUGAACAACGCGCGCAUCAUACAGAAAACAAUCUAUCUGCGCCGGACAUAGUACACAAUGGCACGACGCAUAGCAACGGCAUUAACGAAAACAAAAUUGUAUUGGAUAAUAAUCAGGGUAACGUUGAAGGGGAGUUGAAUGGUCAUCAUACAAAUCAUGGAAACGAUAUCAACAGUCAAUCGAUUACGCUGGACAAUGCUACUGUCAAGCAAAACAACGUGACCAACAACCUGUUAGACCUGUCGAGCUUCGAUACUCUGAGUAAUAACAGUAGCGGCUACGAUACCGGAUCGAUACUCGAACUGACACCCAAUCUGGCAAAUGAGGAUACCCUCAACUCCAACCUGAAUCCGGCGGCGAUGCCGUUUACCCCAAUGGGUUUCGUACCCACUUCCGCUAACGCCAACGUCAAUCCGUUCCAAGACAAUUUCAUCAAUAACAAGCCACAGGACAACAAUCAAGUACCAGAUCUACUGUCAUAAAGUGUCUCUUAAAUGUUCCCGGACAAAUGGAGGAGAAAGUAAUUGGUUAAUUGAUAGCCAAAUUGCUCGUGACGAGCGAUACACACAGAACGAGACGUCGUUUCUAAUAGUGUAAAUAACAGCUGUCGCGCGCGAUGUAUUGUUUGUGGAAAGGAUAUCUAAGUAGAGCGAGAAAGGGCGCCGCAUCAGACGAAGACCAUCCCCGGACCUCACGUAUCGAGUUUUGAGAGUCCUAAUCGGAAAAAGGAAAGUGUAAAAUAAUAUAUAAUAUUAUUAAUUAUUAUAUUAUGCAACAGCAAGUGUGGACACUCAAUCUGUGUCGUAGUACGCUAUUAGAUGAACAUAACUUUUGAAAGGACCUUUGGAAGGGAUUGAGGCCUAUUUGUAACACAUCAUUUUCGAAUACACGGACAUAUUACACAAUAACGAAUCGACAUGAAAUUAAUUUUUUUCUCACAUACACAUAUGAUUUCAUUCUUACCACACAUAUACGUAUGUAAAUUACAAGUAAAAUUUUCAAGAUACUAAUCGAUAGAGACGAAAGAAUUUAGAAUGGCGCGAAUUUAGAAUGGAGAGAAUACAACUGACGAAUAAAUAUAGCACAAGAAAAAAAAGAAAAGAAAUAUUGAAGUCGGAUUAAACGUUGAGAACGUAUCUGCCAAAACGACAGAUUAGAGAAUGUCCCUAAGAUAAGAGAUAGCAUAGCGAGGUACUGUCUUGUAACAAUUUCAUGAUAGACGAGUGGAUCUAAGCGCGUUAUCGCAUCUGAUACGAGAGACAUUCUACGGAUACGACAUGGAAAUAAAUAACGAUAGGCAGAGAGAAAAAUACUUUCCUUCCAUAUCAGAUUUCGGGGCGUGCGCUCACUAGUCAAGCAAGUCUUAUUAUUUUCUUUUCUUCUCUUUCUUUUUUUAUCGUAUUUCAUUUAGAAGGCCUACGUACCAUUGGUAUAUUCUAGGUUUCCGCUAGACACUUCGCUAUUGUUACGUUUUUUCGUGGAUCGAGCAUAAAUUCUCUAGCUGUGAUGAUGACGAUGAUGAUAAUGAUGAUAACAAUGAGGAUGAGCUGAGUGCUUUGUGAGAUAGCCACUGCAUAAGUUAAUAAAGUGACGAUCUAGUAACGUUAAUUGUAAUGUAAGAAUUGUUAUGCGAAAAAAAUGUUGCGGAUGGGAUUAAUUGCGCUUUACUCGACGAAGAAAAAUAAAAUUGAUAUUGCAAUAGUAAUGUGUAAUGCGACAUGGCUGCAAUAUAUCAACGUCCGAGAGAUGCGAAUUAUUUAUCAUUACUUGCAUUAUAAAAAUAUUACGACGAUGGUAUCGGUAUAGCAUAUUUUUUAUAUUUUGUGCUUAUCUUAUUGCAAAUCGUGCAAUAUCACGUAGAAUUCGGCGACAGAUUAUUUAUAAUGAGGAUAGUGAAAGGAAUUUUGUUAUCCCGGUUUUAUUCAGAAAGCAUGGUCGAGAGAGACGAUUGUCGACACUAGAGAAAAAAAUAGAAUUAGUGUAUGGACUUUAUGUAUACCGUUUGUUAUUCAAUUUUUCUCGUACAUUUGCGCGCGAGAUAUUCCCUUUCCGUUUUCUCCCCGUUUUAUUUUAUGCAUAUUUUAUCAUAACUGGCGUAGAGAAAUCACCAAGCUAUACAUGUGGUAAAUUGAAAUAAAUUGAAAUUUUUUCAUCACUAUCGUUUCAGUUUAAAUUUAAGCUUUUCCUUUAUUCGCGCAUUUGCGUAAUGUUGUGAUCUGUUUUUCGGGAAUCGAGGAGAGAUUCUCUUGUCCACGAAUAUCGAUACAUUUUCUCUAUCAUAAACGAUUGAUAUGUAUUUUUAUCGACAGUUAUUGAUCGUUUUAGAUCGUAUUAUUGAGUGUGUUUAUACAAACGCAUGUUACAUUGCGAGUCACACUAUUUACGCCGAGAAUAUCUCAAAGCAAGAAAAGCAUGAUACAGCUUGAAAUGACAGAUUUAUUGACAUGUUUUAUCGCUUGUUCUCACACGAGAAAUUGCCUCUGCAUUUUGUCCUGUAAAAAUUUCUGUAACGAGCUGGAAUCGCGCCGCGUUUUGUUACAAUUUAUUAUAUCAAGUUAUUUAUAUUAGUCCCGUUCUUCUUUUUCGACGAAUAUAUUUAUUAACCGUUUGAACACCGUAUAUUACCCCUACAUCUCUCUCGUGUACACAUAUAUAAUAUUUUUAUUAGAUUUGGUUGAGAGUCUAAAACUAUUAAAACUAUUCUAUAAGAGAAUACAUAAUAAUAAAAAAAGAAACAAAUACUUGAUAUUGUAAAAAAUGCUUGUAUGUAAUAAAUACUUAAUAUCA